UAAUGACGUAAAGUAAAUUUCAGGGAGGAGGAGGAAGUGUGAGGUGGCUUUGACUAUCAAAAGAGAUGUCUGCCAUUUUCAACUUCCAGUCCCUGCUAACUGUGAUUCUGCUACUGAUAUGUACUUGUGCCUACAUCAGAGCAAUGGCUCCCAGCCUGCUAGACAAGAAUAAGACUGGGCUUCUAGGCAUUUUUUGGAAAUGUGCCAGAAUAGGUGAACGGAAGAGCCCCUGGGUGGCAUGCUGUUGCAUCGUCAUGGCUUUCAGUAUAUUGUUCCUACAGUAGCAUCGGAAGAUGAGAACCAGAAGAAGAGAGUCCCUCCGUGAUGAAGAUGAAAUGAGGAGCAAACGGGAAGGCGCGGACAGUGCGAUCCUAGAAGCACAACAAAAACUCCCAGUGGUUGUCACUUAGAUAUUGUAAAAAGGGAGACCCAUCACCACUCACCAUAGCCAUGGAGCGAGAAAGUGUGUCUUGUCAGAGGAGGGGUGAGGAGAUGGCCCCAGUGUGUCUAGAUCUCUACUGGGACUUCACCGUCUAUCCGUGUGUGUGCUCGUGUGGAAUGUUUACUACAGAUAUAUAUGUGUGGGGCCAAUGCUUUCUCUCCUAUCUGUUAUUUAGUUUUAAGAUUUUAAACAAAGAUCCAUGUUCUGUCACGUGUGGGAUAUGCUGUAGAGUUGGUCCAGAGAUUUCAACAUCUGCAAAAGAAGGAUUUUUUCCGAAUAAAUUUCAGUUGUUUUUCCUUAAGGAAUUUUUGUCACGUUUUAGUAAAAUGAAAGACUGUCGAAACCCAAAUUUGCAUUAUAUACAUAUAAAAUUUGAAGAGAAAUUCAUCUUUAUCAUCAAAUAUGACCUGGUUAACGGGUUUACUAACUGAAUUGCAUAACCUGUGACCUGUUGUGAUGUUAUAUUCAAAAGUGAUCAUCACAUCACAAAGUCAGGGGAAAAAAAGUGUCUACCCAUCUGGAAGCUGAUUGUAAAAUACACAUUUGCCUCAUGGAGCAACUGAUGUUUUUAAAAAUCAGUAUGGCACUAUUUAUUAAAGAACAUUUUUUUGGAAAAAUCAGUUUAAGAAGAUCAAUUUUUAUUCAUUUAAAGUGUACGAUGGGUUUACGUAAGGGAAAUACAUAAAGAUAAGAUGUCAUGUCAUGUCACCACGUAUCCUUGACAUUUUUCACCACCAUUUUAUAGGGCUCAAAUACAAAUGUCUUCAUCUUUGUACCUCUGGACUGCUGUUUGGAAAUGCAAAUCAUACUUUAUUUUGUUAUCGUAAAACACACUUCUCAGUUAGGGGAGAACCCUUAUCAAGCUUCAGAGGACCUGACUCGACUUCAAACCCUGCACGAGGCUGUAUCUGACAUCAGGCACCGGCUCUGAGCAUUCUUUCCGGGGUGAGAUGGACGAUGAAGAGUCUGAGAUGACCUCGUCUAUAACCUCGCAGUCAACACUCACAAUCGCAGUGAUUCAUGACAAACGGGACUGUGAGCUGGUCAGGAGACACGACUCGAGACAGCUACUUGUCUGUUCAGUGCUGCUGUGAUAUUAAAUACCAAAAAGAUCAAAUCUUACUCCAAGAAAAAAAAUUUUUUCCCACAAAUAAAAGAUUUGUCAUAAAAAAAAAAUAUGUU